GUCUAUUUCCCGCUAUUCUGAAUCUUGCUAGUAAUGCUCAUAUCAGCACCAAUGCUACCUGUGGUGAAAAGGGCCCUGAAAUGUUUUGUAAACUUGUGGAACAUGUUCCAGGUCGACCUCUACGCAAUGCACAGUGUCGGAUCUGUGACCAUAAUAGUGCAAAUCCCAAAGAACAGCACCCUAUUUCAAAUGCUAUAGAUGGCACCAAUAACUGGUGGCAAAGUCCCAGUAUUCAGAAUGGAAGAGAAUACCAUUGGGUGACCAUUACUUUGGAUCUACGACAGGUCUUUCAAGUGGCAUAUGUCAUUAUAAAAGCUGCUAAUGCUCCCCGGCCUGGAAAUUGGAUUUUGGAGCGUUCUUUAGAUGGCAUUGAAUUCAGUCCGUGGCAAUAUUAUGCAAUUAGUGACACAGAGUGCCUAACCAGGUAUAAUGUGACGCCAAGACUUGGACCUCCUACAUAUAAAAGAGAUGAUGAAGUGAUCUGUACUUCCUAUUAUUCCAGGCUAGUUCCACUUGAACAUGGAGAGAUCCACACAUCACUGAUCAAUGGUAGACCUAGUGCUGAUGACCCUUCACCAACAUUAUUGGAAUUUACUUCCGCACGAUAUAUUCGUCUUCAGCUGCAGCGUAUAAGAACUCUUAAUGCAGACCUCAUGACCCUUAGCCAUCGUGAUCCUAAAGAUGUUGAUCCUAUUGUUACUCGAAGGUAUUACUAUUCAAUAAAGGACAUAUCUGUUGGUGGUAUGUGCAUUUGUUAUGGCCAUGCUCGAAGUUGUCCUUUGGAUAAAGUCACAAAGGUGUCUCCCUAUGAUAAUAACCCUUGCACACCUUGUGAAUGUGAUUUAUUUGGGUCUUUAGGAUUUGACUGUGUUAAGGAUGAUGAUCAUGCUGAGCUACGGCAUGGUGUUCACCCUGGUCAGUGCCGAUGCAAGGAAGGUUAUGCAGGAGAAAAAUGUGAUCAUUGUGCCUUUGGCUACAAGGGUUAUCCAAAUUGUGUGCAAUGUAACUGUAGCCUGGUUGGCAGCAUUAAUGAUGACCCAUGCACAGAACCUUGCCUUUGCAAAGAAAAUGUGGAAGGUGAAAACUGUGACCACUGCAAGCCAGGAUUCUACAAUCUUCAAGAAAGAAAUCCCCAGGGUUGCACUGAAUGUUUCUGUUUUGGGGUUUCUGAUGUCUGUGAAAGCCUUCCAUGGCCCAUCAGUCAGGUAUCUUCCAUGGGAGGAUGGAUGGUGACUUCUCCGUAUACCUCAAAAACUGUGCAACCUCAACAAGGGCAAUUUGAUGGACCUCACCAAAUAAGUAUUAAUAACAUAGCAGCUACAAAAUUUCUGAAAUCUCCUUAUUACUGGUCUGCACCUCAGCCCUAUCUUGGAAAUAAACUCACUGCCUUUGGUGGUUACUUAAAAUAUACUGUGUCUUACGACAUUCCUAUGGAGAGUACAGACAGUGACUUGGUGUCUAAUGUCGAUGUUAUUAUUCAGGGUAAUGGUCAUAUUUUGUGUACAAGAUCUGAAGGGUUGUCUUUGCAACCAUAUGAGGAGUAUUCUAAUACUGUGAGGCUGGUAUCUGAAAACUUCAUUGAUUUUAACACAAAAAAGUUAGUAGAUCGUGAUGUACUCAUGACAGUUUUAGCAAAUGUUACCCGCCUUCUGCUCAGGGCCAAUUACAACAUUGCAAAAAAGGCUGUAUACAGAUUGAGCGCUGUCACUUUGGAUACAGCAAAUGCUAAUCUCAUAGAUUUGACUUCAGCUAUGGAUGUGGAAUAUUGUGAAUGUCCUCAAGGUUACUCUGGGAUCUCUUGUGAGUCCUGUCUUCCUGAAUACUACCGAGUAAGUGGAAUACUCUUUGGAGGGAUUUGCUUGCCGUGUAGCUGCAACAAUCAUGCAAGUGAAUGUGAUAUUCAUGGUGUUUGUUUGGGUUGCAAACACAACACCACAGGGCAUUCUUGUGAUCAGUGUCUGCCUGGAUUCUAUGGAGUAUCCUCCGGGGGAACCCCAGAGGACUGCCAGCCAUGUGCCUGUCCAUUGAAAAUUGCUACAAACAAUUUCAGUCCUACCUGUCACUUGAAUAAUGAAGGUGAAGUUAUCUGUGAUAAAUGCCCUGCGGGCUAUGCCGAUGCCCGUAGCCAAAGAUGUGCGAAUGGGUACUUUGGUAACCCUUUGAUGCCUGGACAGACAUGUAUUCCUUGUGACUGCAAUGGCAAUGUAGACUCAAUGGCAGAUGGCUACUGUAAUUCACUCACCGGAGAGUGUUUAAAGUGCACUGGAAAUACUGCAGGACAUCACUGUGAAAAGUGUGCAGAUGGGUUCUUCGGGGAUGCAGUAACAAAUAAAGACUGCCAUGCUUGUGAAUGCCAUCUGAACAGCUCUGCUUCCAGCAUCUGCCAUCAUGAGACUGGUUUGUGCCAAUGCAAGCCAAAUGUGAUAGGACAAAAAUGUGAUAAGUGCUUGGUUGGCUAUUAUGGCUUAAGUACUGGACUUGGCUGUCUUCCUUGUAACUGCAAUAAAUCUGGCUCAGUUGCUGAGGACUGUAGUGAUGAAGGACAGUGUCGCUGUGUGUCAGGAGUGGCUGGGGAGAAGUGUAGUCACUGUGCUUAUGGUUUUUAUGCAUUCCAGGAUGGUGGUUGCACACCUUGUAACUGUGCGCAUACUCAGGACAAUUGUGAUAGAGAUUCUGGACAAUGCAUUUGCCCACCUCAUACUGAAGGAGAAAAAUGUGAACUCUGUAAGGAAAAUUUCUGGGGUCUUGAUCCAGAAAAAGGAUGUAAGGCAUGCAGUUGCAGUGCUGUAGGCUCAUUCAGUCUUCAGUGUGACCUGUUGACUGCUCAAUGCCAGUGUAAGGAUGGGUAUGGAGGAAACAACUGCUCUGUGUGUGCCUUGGGAUACAGAGGCUAUCCAGAGUGCGUUCCUUGUGACUGUGACGUGCGUGGAACCACAGCAGACACAUGUGAUCAAAGUCAGGGAGUCUGCAGUUGUGAAGAGGACACAGGAGUUUGUGCCUGCAAGGACAAUGUGUUUGGAUUGCACUGCAAUGAAUGCAAAACUGGAACCUUUGCUCUCCAUGCUAGUAAUCUUUUGGGAUGCAUUCCAUGCUUCUGUUUUGGGAUGUCAGACAUUUGUUUAGAAGUGGAAGAUCAUGUGAGAAUUCCGGUAACACUAACUCCAGAGCAGAAUGUUUUGUAUGUAGUCUCUCAAAGUAACUUCACUGGAACCAGUGAAGGUGUGUUUUCCCAGUCUCCUGAUAUUUUGAUGGAUGCGGCAACAGUCCGGCAACAUUUGAAUACAGAGCCAUUUUACUGGAAGUUACCUGAUCAGUUCCGGGGAGACCAGCUCAUGGCCUACGGUGGAAAACUAAAGUACACAGUGGCUUUUUAUGCUUUGGAUGGCACUGGAACUUCAAACCUUGAACCACAAGUCUUGAUGAGGGGAGGUUUCACUGAUAAACAGAUAAUCUACGUGGACAUUCCUGAACCAGGAAACGGUGUAAAACAAGAGGAAGAAAUACUAAUGGUGGAGAAUGUCUGGAAAUACUUUAAUUCAGCAUCAUCUGAAUCAGUUUCACGUUCUGACUUCAUGUCAGUGCUUAGCAAUGUAGAGUACAUCCUUAUCAAAGCAUCAUAUGGCCAAGGAUUACAACAAAGCAGAAUCGCUAAUGUUUCCAUGGAAAUUGCCAUGAAAGCUGAUGAAAUGUCUUUGGCUAGGGAAACAGCUCACCUUGUUGAGAAAUGCCUGUGCCCUGCUGGUUAUGCAGGACUCUCUUGUCAGGACUGUGCACCAGGGUACUACAGGUUAAAAUAUGAAGACAAAAUAUUAAAAAUAUCCCCCUCACUAAUCCCACCCUGUGUGCCUUGUCAAUGCAACAACCACAGUGAGACCUGUGACCCACAAACAGGAGAGUGUUUGGGUUGCAGAGAUAAUACAGCUGGCGAUCGCUGCAAUGUUUGUGCCACAGGCUAUUACGGCAAAGUGACUGGUUCUGUCAAUGAUUGUUCUCUGUGUGCUUGCCCAAGAAUUAGCCCUGGGAGUUUUAGUCCAACAUGUGUUAUGAAGGAUUUUAAUGAUUUCCACUGCAAUGCUUGUAUCACAGGUUAUGAAGGGCAAUACUGUGAAAGGUGUUCUCCAGGUUACUAUGGAAAUCCUGAGGAACCUGAUGGUGAUUGUCAGCCUUGUCAGUGCAACCUAAAUGGUUCCAUCCACAACAGUUGUGACCAUAUCUCUGGGCAAUGUGUCUGUAAGCAAGGUGUAAGAGGGCAGCUGUGUGAUGAAUGUGAAGCAAGGCACAUUCUUGUGGAAAAUGAAUGCAUUUCUUGUGAUGAUGCUUGCACAGGUUUGUUAUUAAAUGAUUUGGAUAAUCUUGACAAAGCCAUGUUUCUGGUCAACCUCACUGGUGCUGUGAUAGCACCUUAUGGGCUACUAUCUGAUUUGGAAAAUGCAACAAAACACUUAAAGGGAUCCCUUUUAUCUAAAGAAGUGUCAGCCUACUCAAUGGAAACUGUAUACAACCAGGUUGUAAAAUUAACAGGUGAUACUGACCAGAUGCAUAAAGAGUUAACUAGAAUAUUACAAAAAGGAGGACAUCUCAGCAAUGCGACAGAAAGGAACUUGAACAAGAGUCAGGAGUUGGCUGUGUUCAGUGAAACGUUACAGGCAACUGUUAAAGUACUUGUGGAAGUGGCAGCAUCUCUUAAUGAAACUUUACAUACUGAUUUGCCAUUUGCAAACCGAACAUUUCAGGAUCUGCAAGAUGAGAUCCCUGUAAUGCUGAAAGUAAUGAAUGGAAGAUAUUUCGAGAAGCUUUAUCAACAAACCACUCUUGAACUAAAAGCUGCAGAAAGAAUAUUGACACGAAUCCAGAAAGAAUAUAGGAGGCCCCAGCAAGAACUUUUGGACUUGCAAAAAGCUGCAAAACGUGCUUUAUCAAACCACAACACAAGACUGCAAGGACUUAAGGAUCUUGUGGAUGAGGCUAGCAGUAAUACCAAUGAGACCAAGCAUCUGCUGCUACUUCUUAAUAAUAACAUCAUGCAGUUUAGUCAUAAGAAGUUGAACAUUCUGGCAGACAAGGAGCUCUCUGUUGUGCUGACCAAGGAAGGAAAAGCUCAUGUGGAUGCUUCUGCUACCCUUGCUAAAGAUGUAAUUAAUGCUACAUCUACUCUAGAAAUCCACCGGGAUGAAUUGAUCCUAUGGAAUGGCAAACUAAGACAACAUGUGGAUAACCUGGUCAUGCAGAUGUCCACCCGAGGAGCUCUUGAUCUUGUUUACAGAGCAGAAGAUCAUGCUGCUGAUUUACAGAGCCUUGCUCAUGCAUUAGACAGUGGCCUCUCAAAUGUUAGAAAUAUCUCCCUGAAUGCAACAAAUUCUGUCCAGGCCUACUCUACCAUCAAAAGUCUGACUGAAAAUGCAGAGAGUCUGGCAGAUGAUGCUGACAGAAUUAUAACUGAACAAGUGAUCUUGCCAAAAGAAGACUUUAAUUCUACUGGGAAAAGAGUACUCCAUCUUAGCUACACAUUCUUAACUGAAGCAAAAAGUUUGCACAAGAAGUAUCAAGGGCUUGUGUCUGGAUUAAAUGAAAUGAACAUAAAAGUGGAAAAAUUUAAAGAGAAAGCUGAUGGAAUUGCUAAACAGCUUAAUGACUCAUUGUUGCAGAUGACAGCACUGCCAAAUGAUACCAGUGAAAAUAUCAUUGCAGUGAAAGAGCUGGCUAUGUCUGCUAAUGUGACCGCUAUUAAUGGUUUAAACCACACUGGGGGUUUUAGUGAGAAGUUGCUGAACACUUCAUCUGCAUUGUCCAAGGUUAAUGAGACGCUGCAGAAAACCAAUGAACUUAUAAUCGACUCAUCAAAAGCUGUAGCAUCAGCUGAAAGAAAAGUCAGUGAAGUUGAAAUCCAAGCUGGCCUCUUGUUUGGUAGGCUGAAACCCCUGAAAGCACUGGAAGAGAAUCUGAGCAGAAACAUCUCUGAAAUUAAAGAGCUCAUCAGUCAAGCCCGCAAACAGGCAGCUUCCAUUAAGGUUGCAGUGUCAGCGGAAAGGGACUGUAUUCGUGCCUAUCAGCCUCAUAUAUUGUCUACUAACUACAACACUUUAACAUUAAAUGUUAAAACAACAGAAGCUGAUAAUCUCCUAUUCUAUCUAGGUAGCAGUGGUAAAACUGAUUUCAUGGCAGUAGAGAUGCGACGUGGUAAGGUGGCCUUCUUGUGGGAUAUGGGCUCUGGAUCAACCAGACUAGAAUAUCCUGACUUUACUAUAAACAACAACAAAUGGCACAGAAUACAUAUCACAAGGUUUGGAAAAACAGGUACUCUAAGUGUAGAGGAGACAAACUCCUCUCGGAAACCCUUUAUAAGAUCCGCCACCUCUCCUGGGACAGCUACAGUGCUGGAUGUAAACCAAUCAACUGUAAUGUUCAUUGGAGGACUUGGGGGACAAAUUAAGAAAUCACCUGCCAUUAAAGUAACACAUUUUAAGGGAUGCAUGGGUGAGGCCAAAUUGAAUGGCAGAUCUGUUGGACUUUGGAACUACAUUGAAAGGGAAGGCAAAUGCAAUGGAUGCUUUGGAAGCCUGCAGGAUGAAGAUACUGCAUUCCAUUUUGAUGGCAGUGGAUACUCGGUGGUGGAGAAGGCGCUUCGCUCCACUGUGACUCAGAUAAUCGUAUUUUUCAGCACUUUCUCACCCAACGGGCUCUUAGUAUAUCUGGCUUCUAACGGCACAAGGGAUUUCUUGUCUCUGGAACUUGUUGAUGGCAAAGUUAAACUAACUGUUGAUCUUGGUUCUGGUCCUCUUACCCUUCAAACAGAACGUCGUUACAAUAAUGGAACCUGGUAUAAAAUUUCAUUCAGUCGAAACAAAAAGGAAGGGAUCUUGGCAGUCAUGGAUGCUCAAAACCUCAGUUCUAAAGAAUCCAAACAAGGAGAAUCUCCUGGUGCAGCCUCCGACUUGAAUCGUUCUGAUAAGGAUCCAAUUUACAUUGGCGGGUUGCCACGAUCAAGGGCAGUGAAGAAAGGGAUUACCAGCAGAAGAUAUGUGGGGUGUAUUAAGAACUUAGAAAUAUCUCGUUCUACCUUUGACUUACUUAAAAAUUCAUAUGGUGUGAGGAAAGGCUGCAUCCUGGAGCCUAUACGUACUGCUAGCAUAUUAAGUAAUGGUUACAUUGAGUUGCCACCUAAGCCUCUUUCACAAGAAUCUCAACUUAUGGCCACUUUUAUUACCAAGAAAGCCACUGGCAUUAUCCUUGUGGGGCUUGGUAAAGGUGCAGAAAAGCGAAGACGCAGGCAAGCUCAUCUGCCCUUCUUCUCCGUCAUGUUGUCUGAUGGUCACCUGGCAGUGCACAUUAAUGCUGGAGACAGAGGAAGUACGCGAAAGGUCAUGGUCCAGUCUACUAAUGGAAAUUACAGUGAUGGGCAAGAACAUUCUGUCAUCCUGACUCGGAAUAAAAGAAUGAUAGCAGUUCAAGUGGAUGAAAAUAGCCCUGCAGAAAUCAGGCUUGGACCACUGGCAGAGAGUAGUCCAAUGAAUAUAUCUAACUUCUACAUCGGUGGGAUUCCUGCAGGAGAAAACAUUCUAGGGGUCAAGAUGACUAGCUCUUUCCAUGGUUGUAUAACCAACCUGAUAUUUAAUAUGGUACUUCUGGAUUUCACUACUGCAGUAAGGUAUGAAGGUGUUGAUAUGGACAACUGCUUCCUUUUGGAGAAACCAAAACCCACCAUACAGCCAGAAGACACUGAGAUUCUGUCUGAAAUGCAGAUGCAAUCAAUUUCUUUAAAUCCUCCUAACAACAUCAAGGAAAGACAGUGUGCAGAAGAUGAUUUACUGAAACAAAUACCUGGGGCUCAUCAAUUUGGCCUUGCCAGAAGAAGUCACUUAGUACUUCUUUUCAAUCAGACUACAGUAAGAAAGAAGUUUUCUGUGCAGAUGAACCUUAGGACCUUUGCUUCUAGUGGCCUAAUAUACUACAUGACGCACCCCAAACAGGUUGAUUUUGCAGCUCUUCAGUUACAUGGAGGGAAGCUUUAUUUCUCAUUUGAUCUUGGGAAAGGAAGGGCGGUAGCCUUUCACGGUGCAAUCAUCAGCGAUGGAAAGUGGCAUACAGUGAAGACAGAGUAUGCUAAGAGGAGAGGUGUAAUCAUAGUGGAUGGACAGGAAUCUGCAGGUGUAAAUGUUCCAGGAGAUGGAAUCACACUGGAUGUGGAUGGGAAGCUGUAUCUAGGGGGUCUGCCCUUAGAUUACAGAGCCAAAAAUACUGGAAAUAUUACUCACAGUAUCCCUGCAUGUAUUGGUGAAGUAACCAUUAACAGUAAGCAGCUGGACAGAGAGAGUCUGGUCUCCAGCUUUGCUGUGAAUAAAUGCUAUGCAACAGCUCAGGAAGGAACUUUUUUUGAUGGAAAUGGUUUUGCUGCUCUAGUUAAAGAGGGCUAUAAAGUUCGUUCUGAUGUUAAUAUCACAUUUGAAUUCCGCACCACUUCUGCAAAUGGAGUUCUCCUUGGAAUUAGUAGUGCGAAAGUAGAUGCCAUUGGGCUAGAGAUUGUAAAUGGCAAGGUUUUAUUCUGUGUCAACAAUGGAGCUGGAAGAAUAACAGCCACUUAUGAAUCAAAAGGCGUGGCUAGUUUGUGUGAUGGGCAAUGGCAUAAGCUGCAAGCAAACAAAAGCAAGCAUCAGAUUACUUUGAUAGUUGAUGGAAACUUGGCUCAGACGGAUAAUCCACAUACGCAGUCAACUUCUGCAGAUACAAACAAUCCCAUUUAUGUUGGGGGCUAUCCUGCUGAUAUAAAACAAAAUUGCUUGUCCAGCAAGAGUUCAUUCCAGGGCUGUUUGAGAAACCUCCUGCUGAUAAAGAGCCAACAGGUGGAAUCCUUUGACUUCAGUGAAGCCUUUGACCUCCAUGGAGUUUUUCCACAUUCCUGUCCAGGGGCUGAACACUAAACAACAGGGCAAAGUGUCUCUCUUGAGAGAUGUUUCAUCUGUUUGUAAUGAAAACAGAAUUUUUUAAAAGCUUGGUCUCACUGAUUGCUACGUAUCUUCCAACUCAGGACUCAUCAUUUUAGCCAGAACUUCUAUGAUGGCAUUUUUAAUUAAAGCCUCUCUG